AUGGUAUCAACGAAACGCAGCAGUCGAUGUUUGGAGGAUGAAGAUGUCGCUUCUCUGCGGGAUGCUUUCGACAACAAGAGGUUAUGCUCGCGUCUGAGCAUGGAUGACUUCCUUUCGUUCGACGGCCCCACUGGAAUCGCUGUUGGGCCAGACGGAACGAGGUCCGACUUCUUCUUGCACCUGGGCUUGUCAGAGCGGAACAAUCGACACAGGAUCAUCUAUCGCCGUAUGAAGCAGGAAGCCAAGAAUGGCAUGGAGCGUUUAUUUGACACAAGGAAGUCAUUGCAGCCGGAGAUGGUCGACGACGACAGCGUGCAAGCGCCAUACAACCUUAAGCAGAUCACCGAGUGGGCCUUUCAACGUCAGGUCGAGCACAUUUACGACAAUGCCUCGAUAAACACGAGAGGCAUUUACGACAUCAUCCGCACCGGCGACGGCAGCAAUUGGGUCAUCAGGUGGAUGCUCUGGCGUGUCAUCCAAUGCGCACAGGAUCGUGUCAUACGUGCGACUAGCAGUGGGGGUGAGACGGAAUGCUCGACAUUGACCACCUGCUCUACUGCUACCGAUCACUCGAGUGUCCGCACUGAGGAGACGAGUCCUGCAUACUGGCCGAGCACUGUAUCACCGCACGACUUUAGCGACAGUGACGACUGGGAUCCAUCUGAACUCAAGUCGAAAGUGGUACGCGACGAAUAUGUCUUCACGAAGCCACGCCUGCCGCAAACACCAAGCAAAUUCUGGGCACAUGUCAUGGACAAUACCUGA